CAACAAUGCCGCCGCGAGUACUCAUCGUGCCGGGCAAUGGGUGUACCCCCAUUGAACAAUGCAACUGGUAUGCAUGGUUGGCCAACGAACUUCGAGAGCGUGGAUGCGAAGUAGUCUUGACGUCGAUGCCAGACCCACACCGUGCACGUGAGUCCAUCUGGCUUCCUUUCAUUCGCGACGUUAUGAAAUGCGAUCGAGACACUGUGGUUGUCGGGCACAGUUCAGGAGCGGAAGCAGCGAUGCGGUUAGCUGAAUCGACUGAAUUCCUUGGCAUGCUUCUGGUAUCUGCAUGCGUGACAGAUCUAGGUAGUACGCCCUCUACUGCAUUUUGCUUGUCACCGAAGGCGUUUCUUAGGAGACGCCAGCGAGCGGGCUUCAGGGUACUACAAUCGUCCGUGGAAAUACGAGAAAAUGAAGGCCAAUGUAAAGUGGAUCGUCCAGUUUGGGGCGCCAGGUGCGUUGAACAUGGCCAAGUGAUGGUAACUACUCAUGAAAGAUGGACAGACGACCGCUUCAUUCCUGCGUCGGAACAAGAGCAAGUGGCGGAUGGGUUGAACUCCGAGUUCCAUUUCAUCGAUGGCAAAGAUCAUUACAUGACGGAGGACGAGCCAUUGAUCUUGGACGUGCUCGUGGACAAGUUGCACCUGUGAUUUGCGAUUGUCAGAAGUUCAUUCGGAUUGGACGUAAUUAAGUAAUAUUAAUAGCCAAUCCGAUUCCGUCGUGAA